UGCUGUGUUCUGAGGCCAGCAAGGUUGCCCAGCAUGCAGUCUGGUCCCCAGCCCAGGGCACGUCAUUCUCUGUGAGGUGACACUCCUCGGUGUGAUGUCACAGUUGUUGCCACCUACACCCCUGUGGCAGCGGUGGGAGCGGUGGCCCAGUCUCUUGUGAGAGGCGCAGGAAGAGGACCCAGAGAGAGCAUUGUGUCUAUCUGGAGAUAUCCUGCUGUGAUGGAGCGGCUGAGAGCCCUUCGAGGUCUCUUUGCCUGUGUGGGCUGCGUGCCCAGACGUACGCGUCGCAGGGCCAGAGGCAGGGUGGCAAGCCCUGUCCCCCCCUGUGCCGUGACUUUGCUGCUGCAGCGCCUGCAAGACCAGGAGGGAGACCGAGCGCAGGCGUACUGCGAGCUGGAGCACGUCCUGUGGGAAGGUGACAGCCGCCCGCCGUGCGGAGUGGUGAACCGGCUGCUGGCUGAGGUGUCCCAGGACCUGACAGCAGCCCAGGGCGUGCCGGACAGCGUGAGGACGGCAGCCAGCAAUGUUAUGGUGGCUCUGGCCAGAACACACUUCACCUUGGUGAUGGCCGAGCUCCAGGGCCACCUGAAGGCCGUGGGGGAGAUGUCGAAGGAGUUUGUGCUCAUCACCCUGAGCAAACUGUUCAGCAGCUACGGUAGAGUGCCCUCAGCCUCCUGAAGGGGUCUCGCCCCUCUGCGCGUGAUCUGCGUUGAGCUGGGGGAUGCAGGGCUGCAGCCCCUCCUCCCUCGCCGCCGAGGCUCUGACCAUGGCCUUCUUCCCUUCUGCAGCUCCACAGUGCAUCCCCUUCGUGUGGCUGACGCUGGCCGGCCUGCGCAGUGUGGUGGGCUGGGUGAGAGGCGGCCGGACCCUGCGCAUUGCUUGUGCUGGUGAGUGCCGGCCCAGAGUAGGGGGGCUUGGGGCAGUCCUUGCACCUUGCCCUGCUGCAGACUCUCACAGGCUCCCUUUUCUC